GUACAGAUUGUAUAUUUGAAGAAUAUCAACUGCAAAAGAAACAAAAAAUGGAGAAGCAGAAACCAUACAUUGCAGUAAUAGUAUUGCAGUGCAGCUAUGCAGGAAUGAUGGUAUUAUCUAAGGCAGCCAUGUCUUCUGGGAUGAAGCCUUCCGUCUUCGUCGCCUAUCGACAAGCCUUCGCCUUCUUUGCCCUGCUCCCCUUCGCCUUCUUCUUCGCUAGCAAGGGGUCUCCUCCUCUUACAUGGACAGGGUUAUGCAAGAUUUUCUUUGUCUCUUCAUAUGGGUUGGCCUUGAGUUUCAAUCUGAAUUUAGCAGGAUUGAAGUAUAUUUCAGCAACAUUUGGUACGGCAAUUCUCAGCAUUGUUCCUGCAUUGGUCUUUACCAUGGCUGUUUGUUUAAGGAUUGAAAGCCUAGACAUAAGAAAAUGGCAUGGAGUAGCCAAGGUAAUCGGAACCAUAAUCGGGCUUUCCGGAGCCAUGGCAUUCACCUUCUACAAAGGCCCGUCGGUCUACCACGCUUCCACAAGUGCCCACCACUCGUUCGACGAAAAGCCUCACUCAAAACACGAAUGGAUCAAGGGCGCUCUCCUCGCCAUCUCCGGCCAACUCUUCUACGCCAUGUGGAUCACUAUGCAGGCCCCACUCCUCACACAAUAUCCUGGCAAAUUAAGGCUCACCAUUCUCCAGUGCGGCCUGAGCUGCCUCUCUGCAACGCUGUACGCCGCCGCCGUGGAGAGACGUGGAUCGUCGUGGAAGCUUCGCUGGGAUAUCGAUCUUUUAUCCGUCGCCUAUUGUGGUGUGAUAGUGACGGGGAUGAGUUAUUGGUUGCAAGCUUGGGUCAUAGAGAAGAAAGGGCCGGUUUUUACUGCCAUUUUCGGGCCGUUGGCGCUCGUCAUUGCUGCCGUCUUCUCUGCUUUUUUCCUUAACGAAACUCUUCACUGCGGAAGUGUACUGGGCUGUGGAUUACUGGUGGUUGGGCUUUACUGUUUUUUGUGGGGUAGAAAUAGAGAGGCCCAUUUUAAAUCCCAACAAGUUUUGGAGGAAGCCCAUUUAGAGACUGCCACGCCCAUAUCACACGAUGAAAAGAUCCCAUGAACCCUUUUCUUUUCAUUUCAUGAUAUUUAAUUUGUAAUUUAUAAAAAUAACUGCUUCUGUUGUUCAAUGUUUAGCCAAUUUUGUUUGGAACGAAGAAAUAAACUCAAUGUAAAACAAACAAGCAAGAAUAUAAAACAUGACAGCAAACCGAUGUAUAUCCCUCAAGUUCUUUUUGAGGAGCUAGCUAGCUAUUCCUCAAAUUUAAAAAUAUUCACUAAUAAAAGUUUCAUUUUACCAUUUUAA